UCCAUAACUUUUCUUAUUCAUGAAAAUGUCUGAAUCAAGGAUCUUAUACUUAUCACCAAUGUUGCUGAUUCUUCUCAGCCUUCUAAUGGCUUCCUUCUUGGACACCACGGCUGCACAAAUCGGAGUAUGCUACGGGAUGUUAGGCGAUCCCCGGCCAAGUCCCUCGGACGUUGUGGCUCUUUACAAGCAGAGAAACAUUCAGCGGAUGCGGCUUUACGCUCCAGACGCAGAGUCUCUCAACGCUCUCCGCAACUCCGACAUCGAGCUCAUCCUCGACGUUCCCAAAACAGACCUCGAACGUGUCGCCUCCAGCCAAGCGGAGGCCGACGCGUGGGUCCAAAACAAUGUCAAGAACUACGACGGUGUCAGGUUCCGUUACAUCACGGUCGGUAACGAGGUGAAACCCUCGGAGCCAGCCGGUAGUAUUCUCUUCCAGGCCAUGCAGAACAUCGAUAGCGCGGUUUCUGGAGCAGGCCUCGGGAUCAAGGUGUCGACGGCUAUAGACAUGGGAGCCACCACGGACACGUACCCUCCAUCGCACGGUAGAUUCACAGAUGAGUACAAGAACUUUCUCCAACCGGUGAUAGAUUUCUUGGUAAGCAAGCAAUCUCCUCUGCUUUUGAAUAACUACCCUUACUUCAGCUACAAGGACAACAUGGACACCAUCCCCCUUGAGUACGCUUUGUUCAAACCGACCCCUGUAGUCAAUGACGACUCAUACUCUUACACAAACCUCUUCGACGCCAAUCUUGACGCGGUCUACGCAGCAUUGGAGAAAUCAGGCGGAGGGUCGUUGGAAAUCGUGGUGUCGGAGAGUGGUUGGCCCACGGAGGGAGGACCAGGGACUAGUGUGGAUAAUGCGAUGACUUAUGUUAAUAAUUUGAUACAACAUGUGAAGAGUGGAACUCCGAGAAAGCCAGGGAAAGCUAUAGAGACUUAUAUAUUCGCUAUGUUUGAUGAGAAUCAGAAGGGUCCUCCCGAGCUUGAGAAGUUUUGGGGGAUGUUUCUUCCUAGUCAACAGCCUAAGUAUGAUGUUAAGUUCAACUAAUAUCCUUGAAGAUACUGAGCAAGGGCUAGUGAUACAAUAAAAUGCUUUAAAUCUAUUAUUUGAUGGCCUUUUCUGUACUGGUAUUAAAACGGGGAACGUGUUGUAAUGAUAAGGAAUAAUGAGCCCUAAAUUAUGUUUUACUCCA